AUGAUUACUUCUAAUCCUUCAAUUCAGUAUGAUGACGAUAAGAUUGAAUCAUACUUGGACAAACUAAAGGAUUUACAAAAAGACUUUCAAAAAAGGUUUAAAGAUUUGCAUGAACUAAAAUCUUCUUUAGGAUUUAUAGUAAAUCCUUUUUUAAUUAAUAUUAUUAGUAAUGGCUGUCCAAUUCCUGAAAAAAUGCUUGAAGAUAUAUCUCAAUUUGAAAUGGAACUACUAGAUCUCCAAGAAGAUCAAAAUCUACUUAUGCUGCAUAAAACAAUAACUUUUAUGGAAUUUUGGAAGAUAGUUCCCGAGGUUAAGUAUCCUCAACUUAAAAAGAUUGCCAUAAAAUUCAUUUCAAUUUUUGGUUCAACGUAUACAUGUGAAUCUUUAUUCUCUACUAUGAAAUUUGUCAAAUCAAAGUAUCGUGCAAAUCUAACCAACGAGCAUUUGUCUGAAUUACUUAGAACAGCCACUACAAGUUUGAAACCAGAUUUUAAGAAACUUACCAGUAAAGUUAUGAGUAUUAGUUUGAUCAAAGUAAAAAAUUGA